CCCCCGCCGCUCGGGAGCCCCCCUAGCUCGCCGCCCCCCGCCCCCGGCGCCCGGACGAUGCUCAAGUCUCGGCUCCGCAUGUUCCUGAACGAGCUGAAGCUGCUGGUGCUGACGGGCGGGGGGCGGCCCCGGGCCGAGCCGCAGCCCCGGGGGGGCGGGGGAGGCGGCUGCGGCUGGGCGCCCUUCGCUGGCUGCUCCGCCCGGGACGGUGACGGCGACGAAGAGGAGUACUACGGGUCGGAACCACGGGCCCGGGGCCUGGCCGGCGACAAGGAACCGCGGGCCGGACCCCCGCCGCCGCCCGCGCCGCCGCCGCCGCCCCCAGGCGCGCUGGACGCCCUGUCGCUCAGCAGCAGCUUGGACAGUGGGCUCCGAACCCCCCAGUGCAGGAUCUGCUUCCAAGGCCCGGAGCAGGGGGAGCUCCUGAGCCCUUGCCGCUGUGACGGCUCAGUGCGUUGUACACACCAACCCUGCCUAAUCCGCUGGAUCAGUGAGAGGGGCUCCUGGAGCUGUGAGCUUUGCUAUUUCAAGUACCAGGUCCUGGCGAUCAGCACCAAGAAUCCACUGCAGUGGCAGGCCAUCUCCUUGACUGUCAUCGAGAAGGUCCAGAUUGCUGCUAUUGUUCUGGGCUCACUGUUCCUGGUCGCCAGCAUCUCCUGGCUCAUCUGGUCCUCACUCAGCCCUUCGGCCAAGUGGCAACGCCAGGAUCUGCUCUUCCAGAUCUGCUAUGGCAUGUAUGGCUUCAUGGACGUUGUCUGCAUAGGUCUCAUCGUCCAUGAAGGGUCUUCUGUUUACCGCAUCUUCAAGCGCUGGCAGGCCGUGAACCAGCAGUGGAAGGUCCUGAACUAUGACAAGACCAAGGACGUGGGAGGAGACGCAGGGGGAGGGGCAGCAGGGAAGCCAGGCCCCAGGACCUCAAGGACCAGCCCCCCUGCUGGGGCCCCCAGCCGACCCCCAGCUGCCCAGCGCAUGCGGACGCUCUUGCCUCAGCGCUGUGGUUACACAAUCCUGCAUCUCCUUGGACAGCUACGGCCACCAGAUGCCCGUUCCAGCUCUCAUUCUGGUCGAGAGGUUGUCAUGAGGGUCACUACAGUUUGACCUGGACUCCAGGAGCAGGGAUCUUAAGUCAGUGCAUCAGCCAGAGGUGAGCUCUCCUGGCUGCUGGAGGUACGACCUAGACAACGUGUUUGGGGCACUGUGACCCCACCAUGGAGGAUCUCUGUGGACAGCCGCAGGCUUGGAGACAUUGUCUGGCCUCUACUGCCUACAGGGUAGAGACCCCGGAGGACAUUCCAGUUCCCAGUGACACCGCCUCAUAUUCAUCUUGAGGAUGGCCAGCAGGCAAGCGGGGAGAACAACGUUUCUUCCUGGAGAGAACCAUCUUUACCUCAGCUUUAGGGCCUCCAGUCCCCUGGCUCCACCAUGGUGACUUGGUAAAGGGAGACCAAUGCCAGAGAAGAGGGGCUGUAGACCCCCAUUCCCCACCCCAUGGCCACAGGGCAUCUGGCAAUAAGACUAGUAAACAUUGACCUCCCGUUCCCUGCAUGAGGGCGGGGACUUCCCCCUGCCCCACCCCCCACUGCAUGGGGGAAGGGCAUAAAGAAUCAUUUAUAUGCA